AACUCAAUUGAAUACUUCAUUAUAAUGGAUUUUCAUCACCUAAAAUAUGUGUGUUUCUUAUUGUUGGCCUCAUUGGUGCUGACACUGGCCAGUGAUCAGCAAAACCCAAAUAUCAGUGAAAUCGAUGAUAAAAUACCAGAGAAACCUGAACCACGACAAAUAGGAGCUGCCGUUCCGUAUGGUUGGUUACAACCAGCACAGGCAGUGGCAGCUCCAGUACCACCUCCAGUGUCCAACUCGUGGGCCUCAUUCUCGCCAUCGUGGCUUCCAAGCGGACAGUCGUUGUUAGCAUUGUUGAAGCCUAAUGUAAUCGGAGGUCGGCGGUCAUCCCUAUCCAGUCGACUCAGGAAUUUGAUGAAUGCCUUGUUUUAUAGACGUGAGACUUCAUCGCCAUAUAUGGGUUCCGGUUCAAGUUAUUCGUAUGCCUUCCGUCCGCCACCUUUUGGCUUCAGCAGUUCAUUCCCUAACAGUGCUCUAACCUCAGCCCUGGGAGGCAGUGGCAAUAUGUAUGGUUCAGCCUCGUCGUACCGACCCGUAGUGUUACCCAAUUAUGCGGCGGCAGCAGCAGCGGCAUCAGCACCAGCAGACUCGUGGAAUAACUACAAACCGUUCGGACAAUCGAGCGGACAGUCGUCAUACUCUGGAUCGCCGUCUAACUUGUACUCCGGCAACAGUGGCUCACCGUCACAGUCGAGCGCCAUUUGGCAGAGCGGUUCCGGUUCUGGCUCUGGCUCUAACUCUGGCUCACAGUACUCAUCGGCUUAUCCGUCCUACUCGAACAGCGGUUCCGGUUCAUCAAACACUGCUUAUCAGGCGUCGGCCUCCAAUGUCUAUCCUUCCAACACAUCAUAUCAGCGCUCAUCGGUUAGCACAUACAGCAAACCACAGACCAGUGUCAACACAUCAGUCUCAUCGUCGUCGGUGUCAUCAUCGGUCUCAUCUGUGUCUUCAUCUGCGGCCAACAAUCCAAAGUCUGCCGCCGCCACCGCUUAUCAAUCGAAGUGAGAUUCAACCGUAACCGACAAAAUCCAUAGCUAAUAGCUAACAGCCCUCCUAAUAGAAAAACAACGACACAUGACAUGACUUUACUUAAAAACAUAAACACAUAUUAC